CUUCAUCUUCGUACUCAUUACAGAAAUCGAACUAAUCUAUCAAUCAACAACGAAGACAUCCCAUAAUGCAUAACCUCCGCGAUUCGCCGCUCAGCCCUUUGCCACGAGGCAUCUCUCACCCCGCCACAUCAGAAGCCAUUCGGAUAGACCAGAAGGACACGCGUCAGUGCAUUGCCCGGGGGAAUUCAAGGAGAUUCGGGUCUGGAGAUGGUGUGGAUUCCCUCGAAGAGUACAUUCAUUCCAUGUGGUAUUCGUACUACCAGCUCGGCCGGAAUGUCUCGUACGAAACGCCCGACCACGAGGGUCUUGUCCUCGACAUCGUCCGCAUUCAAGGAUUGGGACCGCUGACUCGGCCCGUGCGAGGAAAUUACGGUGUUGAUAUCGCACGAACUGUCGAUGGCACACUGUGGAACGAUCUGCCAUUCUUAGCCACCGACAUGACCGACUUCUGGAAGAGUGACUUCCCAACGAUGUCGGGUACACACCGACUCAACUUUGCGACUUUCCUGGCUAAAUUGGCAUCAACUCGUGUUUGUAAGGAUAGGUUGUGCCAGAUUGCCCUCAUACUAUUCCGCAAUCUGUUCGAGGAGAGACAGGGACUUCGCAGCGGGGAAGAGUUGGAAGAUGAAGAUCCAAAACGAAGGAUGCAUGAGCUUGAAAUUUGUCACUUGUUGCCAACUGCCGUAGCUUGGUUCCGCCAUGCGGGCUACAAUCUUGUUCUACUCUCAGAGAUCUAUUGGAACGAUUGUCCCAGCAUCAUCAGCAAGGGUGGCGAGAAGUUCAUCGAGUCAGAGCUUGGGCAGCGAUCGCCCACUGGUUUCUCGCCAUGGAGAUACAUGUACUGGCUCAAGCGACUCCAUGAAAUCCAGGAGGAAGCCAGCAGUGCAAAAGAAGAACUCUUAGAAGAGUACGCCACCGAUGCCAUUGAGUACAUGGUCAACGAAGUCGAGCAACGAAACUCUGACAUUUUAAGGGCAUACCAGAACGGUGGAGAUGCCUUGCAUCAGGAGAAACAUUUGUUUUGCCUGAAGAGUCUUUUGAAGAGUGAAGCUACAGAGAAUAAAGACUCGCAAGAAGACUCGCAGGAAGACUCGAAGGAAGACUCGAAGGAUGGCGCAAAAUAAGUAAGACGCGAAGGAACGCCCGAAAGCAGAUCUCAAGGAAGAUGCCAAUCAGAUCUCUCUACUCCGUUCUUAGCUUCUUUCCUAAUUUAGUUUCUGAGUUCAAGGUUACUCUUCUCUCUCCAUGUAUCCCUUCGCAUGUCUGCUCUAUCUUCUAAGGUAUACAUAUAAGAGUACACCACUUUCAUGAUCGAGAUUAAAUACAUAUGUUUUGGAGUUCUGGUAAUUGUCGAACAUAUGUAUAAACCGGAUUGUUCAAGCUGUCAGAGAAAGUCGCUCGAGUCAGAUUCGUGAAGAACAUGGGGCUAUCAGAACGUCAGGCUAUUAGCAUAACUCAGCAAUAACUAGAUAGC